AAAAACCUUAACUUAGAAAAAGAAAAUCAAAUUUCUCACUUUUUCACUAAAAAGAAGCUUUUUAUAGUGCGUUUGAGAAAAUUUAAUUUUUAACGACCACCCAAUCCACUUAAAUAGUACCAAAUCUAUAGUUUCCUAUUCAUAAAUAAUUAAUUUAUCAUAUUAUAAAAAAAGAUGAUUAAUAUGGAUCCAGUUUGUAUUUAUCAAUUAAAAAUUCGUUAAUGUUUUUAUAAGUAACAUUUGACCCAACAUAAAUAUACGAAGCAGAUACCAACUCACGAUAAAUUUAUCUACAUAUAUCCAUAUAUAUUUAUACUACUUGAUUAUUAACAAAGUGAGUUGUCAUAUUUCUAAUAACCGCAGUCAUUUCUCUUAAAAGGUUCAUUAAAACCGUUUCUGUCGUGCGCCAUCUUGUCUAUCCACCAAAGCUCCAUUAACCAGUGGUCAAUUAACCAAUCAAUUGAUUGCAUUGCCGAUUCGUAACCUAAAAAUUGGCAAUGGGGUAUUCAGUGGAAAUACUGUUGGCCAUAGUCGCGGUAAUAGUUUUAAUUUACUACUAUUUUGCAUCGGCUUACAAUUUCUGGUCAUCCCGGGGCGUGAAGGGGCCGAAACCUUAUCCACCCCUGGGUAACAUCACCAAGAUACUUAUGGGUAAACAUAACCCUGGUACAUAUUUACAAAUGCUGUAUAAUGAGUACCCAGAUAAGCCAAUCGUUGGAAUUUACCGUGUGCGUGAACCAAUAGCCUGCAUUAAUGACUUGGACCUAAUAAAGGACAUUCUGAUUAAAGACUUCAGUAAAUUCGUCGACCGCGGAACGGAAAUGUACGAAAAUCACGAGCCCUUGUCCAUAAAUAUAUUCAAUUUGGAACCAAAACGCUGGCGGUUAUUGCGGACAAAGUUGUCCCCCAUUUUCACAUCCGGUAAAUUGAGGGACAUGUUCCAUUUGAUUGUUAACUGUGCGGAAAGUAUGGGAAAGUAUUUGGAAAAACAUAACAAUGAGGUCAUCGAUAUACGAGAAGUUUCCGCGAAAUUUGCAACUGAUGUCAUUGGAGUUUAUGCAUUUGGGCUGAAAGCCAACGCCCUGGAAGACGAGAACAGUUUGUUCAGACAAAUCGGCAGGCACAUGUUUGAGGUUAAAUGGACGACGGCGGGUAGAAAUUUACUGGGAACUUUUUUGCCGACGAUUUACCGCAUGAUAGGUUACAUCAUGCGCGAUGAUAAGACUCAUGAUUUUUUGAUAAAUGUUACCAAGGAAACUUUGGAGUACAGGCAGAAAAAUAAUAUUGUGCGCAAUGACUUCAUUGAUUUGUUAUUGGGGAUCAAAAACCAGGGGAAAAUGAUUGAUGAUGUUGAAAUAACGGAUAAUUUACUGGCUGCCCAACUGUUGAUUUUCUUUGUGGGAGGAUUUGAAACCACGUCAUCAACAAUGAGCCAUACAUUGUAUGAACUGGCUAUAAAUCAACAUUGUCAAGACCGUUUGCGACAAGAAAUAACCGAGCAAUUGGAAAAAACGAAUGGACAAAUAACUUACAACAGUAUCAAGGAAAUGAAAUAUCUCAACCAAGUCUACCAUGAAUCAUUGAGAAAACACCCGGCGCUAAUGAUGUUCACGAGACGUUGCACGGAACCUUAUACAUUUGCGCGGACGAAUGUCACCGUGCCAGCGAACACCAAAGUCUGGAUCCCGCUGUACGCGAUUCAGUGGGACCCCAGGUAUUGGCCGAACCCAGAAGUCUUUGACCCGGAGAGAUUUAGUGAGGAAAAUAUCAAGAACCGGCACCCGAUGGCCUUCCUUGCGCUGGGUGACGGACCGCGGAACUGUAUCGGCGCGAGAUUCGGUGCCUUCCAGGUCAAAGUUGGGAUAACAAAAUUCCUAAGCGAAUUCAAAGUUGAAGUCUGUGAGAAAACUGAUCUGACCCAUGAACUAAAUAGACGCGGUUUUCUUUUGGUACCGAAAAAUGGAAUUCACUUGCGUGUCAAGAAAAUAUAAUUAUUUUUUUUAUUAGAUAAUAGUUUUUAUAAUUAAAGUUUAUUCGACUUUGGUUUAUUUUUAUUGUUAAUGAUCAAUUUUAGGGUAAAUAAAGUAAUCAUAUCGUAGAGAUAUGUGAGGUCAAGAUUUUUAUAGAAAGAAGAACAGGGGACGCUAAAAAUCAUACGCUCGGAGUUUAUCUAUCGAGUGCGAGCGUCUUAGACUCGAUUGUACGUGAUUGUUUCCAGUAUCUCGUUAUGAGUCCGUUUGACUUGAGUGUUAUGUUUUUUAUAUGUAAAUAGGACUAAUAUGAUAAAUAAACUCUUAAUUUCUUUUCAUGAAUAUACGGACUCAUAUCCAGACUCUGAAAUUAAUUUUUUUUUCACGUUGUGGAGGGGGAAGGUCUUCCGUGGAAAUCCUGGUUUACGGACUCAUAACGAGCGGACUCAUAACGAGACUCGACUGUACAUUAGUUUUUGUGACAGAUAUUUGAAAUUUACUACAUUUAGUGCCUAUGAAUGGCAGGUUAUAAAUCCGCGUUUAUUUAUUUGGUAAGAUUGUUUUAAGUAUUUAUUGGAAAUUAGGGAAAAGUCGGUAAGUGGACAAAUUUAAAUGAUAAUAAAUUUUGUCACAAGAUGGCUCGUUAAGUUACUUCGAUAUUUUUUGGUCGUUUGCUAUCGCACAUCAUGUAACCAAAAAAUAUUUUUUGAUCCGAUAAUGAUGUCACCUUUAGAACGGUUAGGUAUCUUUUUUACCAGCUGUAUCUUAUCUAAUAUUUUUAGCUGCCGGCUAUAGGCGCUCAAUGUCGUAGAUUUCAAGUAUCUGUCACAAAAAAUAAUUAUUAUUUUUUUUUUACUACACGUCAUAUAAUUUUUCAUCUUCUUUAUACUAACGGUCCGAUAGUAGGGAAAAUGUUAGUUUUUUUUCUUUUUUUUUGUUGUAUUGAACUAAAAAUACUCAUAUAUGAUUAUAUAUGCCCAGAUAUAAUGAUAUAUGAUGAUAUAUGAUUAGAUAUGAGUACAUGAUAUAUGACCAGAUAUGAUCAUAUAUGGCCAUAUAUGAUGAUAUAUGAGCAGAUAUGAUGACAUAUGCCUAGAUAUGAUGAUAUAUGACCAUAUAUGAUGAUAUAUGACCAUAUAUAAUCAAGCAGGAUCAUAUCUGUGAACACAUAGAUACUGAGUAUUGAAGAAAUUCAAAAAAAUAGGCUAUCUGAUCAUAUAUGCACGUGCAUUAUAUCAUAAUCUAUAUGAUUGUAUAUUAUAGGAUCAUAUAAAGUCAUAUAUGUCUACAUAAGAGCGUGCAUAAUGUUAUAUGCUCAUAUUUUGCUGUAUAUGACUAUAUGUGACUCUAUAGCUGUAUAUAAAAUCUGAUGUUCAGAUAUAUCAGAUACGGCCAUUUUUGUAUAUGACUAGACUUGAGUGCUCGUACAUAAUUAUAUAUGACGAUAUAUGAUCAGAUUAAGCUAUUUUUUGUAACAAAUCGGAUCAAAUGUUCGUGCAAAAUCAUAUAUGAUCAUAUAAAAUCAAAUAGGAACAGUUUUCGUAUUAUAUAAGAUCAAUUGCUUGUAUAUGAUCAUAGAAACUCAUAUAUGUCUAUAUAUAAUCAUAUAUAACUACUCGUGAUCAUAUAUAAUCAAAUAUGAUCAUAUAUGAUUAAAUACUGACAUUCUUCGUACCUCAUCAGAUCAAAUGUUCUUAUAUGGUCACAUAAACUCAUAUAUGAUCAUAUAGGAUCAAAUAAUGAAAUUUUUCGUAUCUCAUCAAAUCAAAUGUUCCUAUAUGGUCACAUAAACUCAUAUAUAAUCAAAUAGUGACAUUUUUCAUAUCUCAUCAGAUCAAAUAUUUGUACAUGAUCAUAAAAACUUAUGUAUGACUAUGUGUGAUCAUAUAAACUCAUAUAUGACCAUGGGUGAUCAUAUAUGAUCAAAUAAUGAAAUUUUUCGUAUUUCAUUCGAUCAAAUGUUCGUAUAUGAUCAUACAUUCUUAUAUAUGAUCCCAUAGAGCCUAUA